GUGUCUGGUGCGAAGGCGCACCAGUAGGGGCAGCGCGCGCGCGAUGCCACGGCAGCUGUUCCGCAGCCCGAGUCGCGUGGCAGAGGCCAAAACUGUGGCAUGUCGCGAUGCUGCGGACACCGUCACCCGCUGCGAGGAUGCGCACGCCUACAAGCGAGAAGGAGCAACAACAGCCCAAGAGGAUCUCAUUCAAGAAGCAUCGAAGGCUCCGUGGUAG